AUGGGUGUUAUGAAUCUUUCGUCAAUGAAUAUAACCGAUAAUGAUAUGUCAUUGGUUAUUGAGAAAGUUUUUGGAAAACGGAAAACAAAAUGUACUGGAUUUAUCUUACGUGAUAAUAAUUUGACAUCGGUCGGUGUGAAAAUGUUUGUCGAUGCAUUGACCGAAACACGAGUUAAAUUAAAAUAUCUCAAUCUUUCGAAUAAUUCAAAUGUUGGAGAUCAAGGAAUUGAAUAUUUAGUAAAUUUAUUUAAAAAAAGUCGAUCGAUCACUUUUCUGGCGUUAUCCAAUACGGGUAUGACUGAUCGUAGUGUUCGUUUAUUAGCCGAUUUACUAUGUGAUGUUGAUGCUGAUUCAACUUGUCCACCUCUCGAAAAACUUUAUUUAUCUUUUAAUGAAUUUAUUACUGAUGAUUCAAUGGAAGCUCUACUUCAAAUACUUCACCAAAAUCGAACAUUACAAGUACUAUCUGUACAAUAUUGUCAUUUGUCUGAAGGAGUUCGACGAAUAUUGAGAGAAGCAGGUACAAAAAAGAAGAAGAAAAAGUUCAGUCUGUCACACUAA